CAAAAGAAAUUAUAACCCAAACUUGUUUAUUAUCAUCUCUUCGAAAUGCAAGAUAUUCAUGAUUACUCGAUGACCGGAGUUGGCGGUGGAGGAGGAGGUGGAGGAGGGAGGUUUUUCGGUGGAGGAAUGGGCGGUGGAGGAGGUGGCGAUCGGAGGAUGAGAGCUCAUCAGAACAAUAUACUUAACCAUCAUCAAUCUCUCAAGUGUCCUCGUUGUAAUUCUCUUAACACAAAGUUCUGUUACUAUAACAAUUACAAUCUUUCUCAGCCUCGACACUUUUGCAAGAACUGUCGUCGUUACUGGACUAAAGGUGGUGUUCUCCGUAACGUUCCCGUCGGAGGUGGUUGCCGGAAAGCUAAACGUUCGAAAACAAAACAGGUUUCAUCGUCGUCUUUACCCGACAAACCAACGACGACGCAAGAUGAUCAUCACGUGGAGGAGAAAUCGAGUACGGGAUCUCACUCUAGCAGCGAGAGCUCUUCUCUCACCGCUUCUAACUCUACCACCGUCGCCGCCGUCUCCGUCACCGCGGCGGCAGAGGUUGCUUCGUCGGUUAUUCCCGGUUUUGAUAUGCCUAAUAUGAAACUGUACGGGAACGGGAUCGAGUGGUCGACGUUACUCGGACAAGGCUCAUCGGACGGUGGAGUUUUCUCAGAGAUCGGAGGUUUUACGGCGGCGUCGGCUAUUGAAACGACAGCGUUUGGAUUCGGGGGUAAAUUCGUAAAUCAAGAUGAUCAUCUGAAGUUAGAAGGUGAAACUGUACAGCAGCAGCAGUUUGGAGAUCGAACGGCUCAGGUUGAGUUUCAAGGAAGAUCUUCGGAUCCGAAUAUGGGAUUUGAACCGUUGGAUUGGGGAAGUGGCGGAGGAGAUCAAACACUGUUUGAUCUAACCAGUACCGUUGAUCAUACAUACUGGAGUCAAAGUCAAUGGACGGCGUCUGACCAAGAUCAGAAUGGUCUCUACCUUCCUUGAUUCUCUGAUCAUAACUUCUUCUGCUUAACCCAAAUAUAUAUAUUUCAUACAC